AUGAGUGCACCAGUCGUAAAAGUAGAUGAUGUAGAAGUCAGCAUUACAAUUGAAAAGCAGAAAGCAGGAGAUAAGAGACAGCCUCGUCGCAAUGGCAGCAUUUUCUUUCAAACAGUUUCUCAUGUCGUCGGCGUCGUCCUCUUUAUCUUGGUUCUGUCUACUCUUGUCAUGUCAAAAUUGUCGUUUUUGAUAAUGACAAACCAAUUCAAUGAUACAAGAUCGUCGUCUGUCAAUGAAUCUGUUGAAAGUCUGAAAACAAAGAAAGCGGCCGACUUUUGGCGCCUUCUUAUAGCGCUCAUCAUUCCAAGUCUGUUUUCUUUCCUACGCUGCAUUUGGUGCGGUCUAAUCAGUCGUUCGAAGAGAAACUACCCGUGGCCAAAUAAGUUGGCGAUUUUAGCUGGAUUUGUCACGUCAGUUUUAGAAAGUGUUGCUCUGUGCAUAUUUACCUUUAUUGUCGCUGCUCGAAUUCCCCACGCUGCGAUAACUAUCGCUCUCAUGUCCGGGGUUUUCGGAUUUACCAUCGUUAGUCAAUUGCGACACAUUCGCAAUGCUGCUCAAAGACGAGAUGCUACCAACAUAAGACAUGCUGCUAAAGAAGUUAAUGAUGCGCAUGGAAUACAUUACCAUCUUUUCCAGGAUGGGAAUGACAAUGGAAAUGAGCAGCAGAAUGUUCGAGAAGAACACGAACUAAUGAAAAUGGGAGAAACGAACGGAGAGAAUAGUAACCAAACACAAUCUAUUGGGGAAGCACCACUUCCAAAAUGGAAUAAGGUUUUUAAGCCUUCCCGCACGGUUGCAACGUGGAUUGCUCUCGGUUUACAUGUUGGUAGCAUUGCGAUUCUCGUUAUCUUGCUCUGUAUUUUUAACAGCCACUUUCAUAACAAUCACUGGGUUGUUCUCACUUCUAUUCCAAUCGUUCUCGGCUUGCUGUCGAUUGUAUGGUGUUCACCUAUUCAAAAUUACCUGAACACACCCGUUCCUCAGAGUGAUUCAGGCGACGGUCGACCAGAAGCAAGCGCUCGAUGGAAGAAUGGCAUUCUGACAAACUUCUGGAGAAUGAUAUCGCUUCCCGUUGUGGCUAUAAUUAUGUCGGCUAUCCCUUAUGCGGAUUUGAACGUAGGCAUAGACUAUCUAGGACAGGGUUUAGCAUAUUUGAGAAAUACGUCUCGCGAUACGUUUUUUCUCGUUAACAUCUUUUGUACUUGGGGAGCGUACAUAUUGUCAUGGUUUGCUUGUACGAUACGAAAGGGUACGAUCGGAUUCAUUUGGCCUCUGUUACUUGCAACUCCUGUCGCCAUCGGUACGACCUUUGGAGUUUGCUCUAAUGAUCAGCUAGAAAGUGCUAUAGCUUGCACGGGCAAUCUUCAGAUACCAUUUUACGAACAUGGCCUCGUUCCCAUAUGUUUGUUUCUCUUGUGGAUAUCUCAAAUUAUAUGCUGUGUGUUCUACGUGUGGCGAACCAAACUCAUUGCAUUGAUAAAGGAAGAAAACCUAUUCAUUCAAUCGUAUUACAAUUGUCCCUUUACCGAACAGAAUCUUAUGCUCAACAGAGAAACAGAGUUUGAUGACGAGAAUGUCAAAAAUCCCGAAAAUGACGCUAGUAAAAGUUACGUGUUCAUCUGCACGACAAUGUAUCGAGAACAGCUACACGAACAGAAGCAGCUCCUCAAGUGCAUUCACAAUAUAGACGAACAUAAAAAUCGGAGUCGCAAAUUUGAAUGUCACGUGUUCUUUGAUGGUGGUGCUAAAGGCUGUCAUACCACAGAAUAUGCCAAUCAACUCUUUAGUCUACUAAAAGAUACGCUAAAGAUCGAAUUGAGUAAUGGUACAAAAUGGGAAACGCCAUACGGACUGCAGAUAAAUUGGAAGUUGCCUGGAUUGAUACCUUUCUUUGUUCACUUGAAAGAUCCGAAAAAAGUAAAAAAGAAAAAGCGCUGGAGUCAAAUCAUGUACUUGUCAUACAUUCUCGAUUUUCGUUGUCCGAAAUCAAUUGGUAGAGAACACAACACUUUUGUUCUUAUGACUGAUGCCGAUAUCGCUUUCGAUCUCGAGGACGUCGAAAUCGUUCUCGAUCGUCUAUGUCGCGACAAACUCGUCGGCGGAGUUUGCGGUCGAGUCCAUCCCCUCGGCAGCGGGCCGAUCGUCUGGUAUCAAAAGUUUGAUUACGCAGUCGGUCAUUGGUUUCAAAAGGUAGCCGAACACGUUCUGGGCUCGGUCAUGUGCUGUCCGGGAUGUUUCAGUGUCUUUCGAGCACCAGCAUUGCGAGAGGUUUUACCCGAGUAUGCGACCAAAGCAGAAAAAGCCAAAGAGUUUUUGACGAAAGACAUGGGAGAAGAUCGAUGGCUCUGCACGUUAAUGGUUGAAGCAGGUUGGCGACUAGAAUACGCGGCUGCUGCAGUCAGUUAUACAUUCUGUCCGGACAGUUUUGAAGAGUUUUAUAAACAACGCAGACGAUGGAUACCGUCGACGAUGGCUAACUUGAUGCAGCUGUGUUCCAACGCAGCGAAAGUCAUAAGCAACAACGACGCCGUCUCUAUCAUCUUCAUUCUCUAUCAAGCAGCAAUGAUUUUCUCCACAAUUGUCGCACCCUCGACCGUCAUCCUGGUUAUGGCGGCUGGUAUAACUUACGCUUUUAACACGUCGUCUGAUUACGACAGUAGUGGGGCAUACAUUACGUUUCUUGUUCUCUUUAUUUUGGUAUCCUUUAUAUACGGCGUUGUGUGCAUCUGGUGUCGACCAGAUACACAAUUAAAAAUGGCCAAAAUUUUGACUUUUAUUUUUUCUAUUGUGAUGGGGAUGGUUGCUGUCGGAGUGAUUGUUCAAAUUGUUAGUAGACCUGAAGGACCAGAGGCACCCACACCUACAACUUCUCAUCUAAACUCGUCGAGUCCGACCCAUGCGAACAACGGAAUUUCAUUGGAAGAUGUUGCUCUAAGUACUUGGUAUCUCGCUGGACUCUCGUCGAUAUUCUUCGUGACUGCACUUCUUCAUCCAACCGAGUUCUUUUGUCUUUUCCAUUCCUUGUGGUAUCUUCUCUGUCUUCCAUCUGGUUAUCUCUUUCUUAUUAUCUAUUCCAUCUGUAACUUAAACAGUGACUCCUGGGGAACUCGCGAAACAGCCACGCAGAACACUGAAGGCCAGAGUGUGUGGUCGUUUGUUCGAUAUUUCGUCGAUAAAUUGAAAGAAGUAUGUGGUUGUUGUGACUGUUGUCACUCAUCGAUUACGGCUAAGCCGUCGACACCGGAGUUACGGUCUGUAAAAGUUCAAACGAUAUCAAUGACGGAUGACGAAUCCGGUACACCGAAUUCACGAUCUGUAGAAGUGCAGACGACAUCAGUGACACGUGACGAUGACGAUGAAAACGUUACCCAAACAAAUUCAGAUCUGUCUUCGCGUGUAGACCAAACGGAAAGCGAAGAUCGAGCAUCAACUACGGGUAUUCCAAUUAGAAGAUUCUUUGCAAAUAUUGGUCUCGAGGAUACAAACUGCGCCGAGAAGUUUGAAGCUGCAGGUUAUGCAGACACGUCAUUCUUUAUCAAAAUGAAGGAAAAGCAUAUUAGAUCUUUGGGCGUGACAAAGACUGGCGUUGUUAAGCGUAUAAUGAGGGCAAUAGAUGAGCUACCCGACCCAUCUGUACCACGAGGUGUUCCAAAUGACGUAUCUCAUUGGUUACUGUCAUUUGGCCUAUCUCAGUAUGAAGGAAAGUUUGCAAGAGCAGGAUAUAAAGGAGAGAGCGCUAUAGCCAAUCUACUCACUCUGAAUCGAGACAUUCUAGUAAACGAAGUUGGCGUAACAAAGAAAGCACAUUUGAAAAAGCUGAAAAUGGCUGUGAAAAUGAUCAAGUAUCCAACUGAUCGCGAAGUGGCAAUAAUCAAAGCGAAGUCUGCCAUCGAUGCUUUAGACAAACGUAGUAUGGCUGACAGCCAGGAUAGAAAGCUAAAGCUCGAGUAUGACUUUUGGAUUAAACUACAAGCGAACGGUUUGAAACCAGAAUCAGAAGAAUACAAAGAGGUAGAUGAAAUGAAGCAAAACUUGAAAGAACUUCGUAACGAGAUGGUAGUCGUAUUUGCCGUGACGAACAUUAUUUGGGUAGUUCUCAUCACGAUGCUUGGUUUUCACGCCAAGUUAUCGGUUUUCCACACCAACGCUCUUGGCUUGGCAUUCUUAGCCGUGUAUGGCCUCAUUUUUCUUGUUCAGUUCCUCGCUCUCAUUUGCCAUCGAAUCAUUACUGUUAUUCACUAUCUGGCUCACGAUGAUCAUUCCUCUAGCACAAACACUGACAAUCAACACGACAAUAAAAGAGUUCACCAACCAAAGCGAAGGAAUCCUAACACAUCGAGUACAAGAGGACGAAGAUCAUCCAACGUGGAUUAUACUUCGCUUCCCAAAUCUGACGAAACAACUGAUGGAGAAAGUUAGGGAACUCUAGACGAUACAAAACCUAAUCAUCGACGAUUUAACUUAUUGCUGUCGCUAUUUGUACGAAUGUUGUCUUUUCAGUAAGUCUGGCUGCUGGCCAAUGGAACGCUAUUCUUGUGUUGAACAGUCCGUUUUAAGAUAUGCUGCUGCAUAGACUAACUGCAUGGGG